AUGCAAGACGACGACAAUGAUGCCAUCAGUGGUCUAUUGUCCAUAUCAACCUCUGCCCAUGCUCAGGCAUCGUCGCCGCCUGCUCAAUCAUCGACUGCACUCUCGUCGCCUGUUCGAUCAUCGCCAGCACUCUCGCCGCCUGCUCAAUCGCUGCCUGCUCAAUCAUCGCCAGCACUCAMGCCGCCUGCUCGAUCAUCUGCUGCACUCUCGUCGCCUGCUCAAACAUCGCCARCACUCUCAUCGUCUGUUCAAUCAUUGAAUGCUCGACCACUACCUUCUCCAGUCGGUCCAUUCAAUCGAGUUGUUGCUCCUGCACUCGCUCAUGCUCAUCCCUUACCAGUGUCCAUGAGUCUACAACAGGCAGUUGGUAGCAUUAACAUUGCUACCCACCUAUUGGAUGAUGUCGACAAACGAUUGCCAGAGGAGCAUGACGAGUGUAUGCAACAGGUGCAGGACGACCAAGAUCUGAAUGUUCUGAAUCUGUUCCAAGCUGGCAUGAAGGUGCUCGCUCAGACGAACCAUGAAGGAGACAAGGAUACAUGGUGGGAGGGCGUCAUCGUCUAUGAUCACUAUCCCAACUACGUCGUCAAGUACAACCAUAGGAAGUAUCGUACGUCUGAAGAAACUGAACUCGUUCGAGUUGAGAGACUGCGGCUAAUCAACAAGAUACAGCUGACACAAGACGAUGACGUUUGCUUAGGAAUGGAUGUGCUGGUGUUCUAUGACUCCAAGUACUACACUGGUCGCAUUGUUGACGAGAGUUGUGGUCACAUAUCUACUGCCUCUGGAAGAGUAACAAAGAAGAGAAGGAUACUGAAGAAGAGUAUUACCAUAUAUAUAUCUGUAAUCAAUGUUCAUCACGAUGCCAAA